CCAUAGUUCACAUGUCAAAUCACGAAAGUCCAGAAUGCGCUGUUGUUGUUUUUUCAGAUGAACAGUUUUGGUUGUUACCAUGGAAACGUAACUUAUUGAUGUUUCACAAUGGCCGUCAGUUCCCCUCCUCUCACCGCCCCCAAGUUACUGGAUCUCCUCAUCGAAUACUGCAUCACUCACAUUGAGACGUUCUGCACUGUCGUCAGCCCCGACAAGACACCAGUUACCGUCUUUAAAGAUGUCUUCAUCCCUUCCAAUAUUGCUGACCUUAUGGUGGCAAGACUCUGCGACCAAGCCCUUGAGAGGGACAAGAUGGAUGACCUGAUGUCAGUGUUUUGCAACACGGACCAAGUGGCCCUUCAACGUGUGAACCUGAACCGAUCAAACAUCUCCAACCGAACCAUCGCAUCGUUGGCUCGUCAUAAACUAUUUGAACUUAACAUAAGUAACUGUCGAGAACUCACGGUUGAAUGCCUGCCCGAUUUAUUUAAACAGACGUCACUUAAAGUCUUGGAUAUCAGCAAGAACGUUCUUCUUCUAGCUGGGUUCGGACACGACCUCUGUGAUUUUCCUUUGGAGAAUCUUCGUGUUUUAAACAUUGGAUUCACUGAGCUGAGCACUGAUCAGCUCGAGAGGCUACUCCAACCCCUGGUUAACCUUGUGUCAUUAGACCUCUCAAGAGUUUUAUUAAAGGGCGACGACCUAACGUUCUUGAGACCCUUGAGUGCUCAGCUACGGUCGUUAGUACUGCAUGACUGUAACUUGGUAUCGAGUGGUCCAGACUUUCUAUGUUCACUAAAGGAGCUAAGGCAUUUGGACAUAUCCGUUGCGGAUUCCAACUUGCCUUUGACAUUGACAAAUAGCUUCUUGAAGACGAUGGUGAAAUCGUUGCCUCAUCUGAGCUCGCUUGACAUCUCUGGCCAUUUCAUCGAGGCAGGAAAGACGACAACACACAGAGAGGAGACAAAAGAUCACAUCUCUCUGGAUGAAGUUGAACUUAAAGACAAAACAGACACCGUGGAGAAUGAAGAUUCCGUAUAUCAAGGGGCAGAUGGGGACACACAGAGGAUGAAGUGCAGCAUUGCAGGCCUCCGUGGUUUAUCCAAACCGUUGGAAUUUCUUGGACUGUUAGGGUUGGACGAGAGUGAGUUGGAACACCUUCCAGCCAUAAAGGUAGCUGGCGUCUUCAGCGAGGAUCAGAUUCUGAAUACUAUUGAGGUGUACCUGAAGAGAAGGUCGUACCUCCUUGAGGGAUUGAACAGUUUCUUUGAACUCUUGCGUGCCGUCGAGUGUGUCAAUCCAUCCAGAGCAGUGGAGCUCAUCUUGGCCGCAAUGAGGUACUGCCCAAGAGAUAACCAGGUCCAGGUGUCAGGAAGCGCCUCCUUGUAUCAUCUGACGAGAGGUACUUACAACAAUCAACUCAGCAUACACCACAGACAAGCAAUCAUAACAUGUCUCCUGGAUGCAAUAGAGACGAUAACAGACAGCAUGACACUCCUCCAGAACUGUGGACUCACCCUCUUAAACUUCCGCAUCCCGGAUGAAUUCCGCUGGCAGUUUGAACGCGUCGUCAAGAACCUGGUAAAGUUAGCCCAGACGGAAGAUCCCCACGGUCUCCUGCAGAGGAUUUACGUUCACAUGUGUAACUCUAUUGUCUGCCAUGUGGAAGGAGAGCAGAAACUGCUUGUAGGAAGACUAGGUAUCAUUAAGUGUAUGCUGAGUCUGAUUACGGAUAGGCUGGAGAGGAACAGGUGUGAUGAGGUCAUGGAGACAGCGUGGAGCACCCUGUGGAAUGUAACAGAUGAAACUGCUGACAACUGUCAGAUGUUUUUGGACGGCAAGGGAAUGGAACUGUUCAUCAGAUGCAGAGAGGCAUUCCCAGACAAACCAGAGCUUCUUAGGAAUAUGAUGGGAUUGAUCGGUAACGUCGCUGAGGUCCAAGGACUCCGCCCACAUCUCAUGAAUUAUGCAUCAGUCUUCAUGGAGCUCCUUGGGGAUUGGAGCGACGGUAUCGAGGUAAGCUACAACGCUGCAGGUACCCUCGCCCACAUCGCUGCCGAUGGUCCGUCCACCUGGAGCAUCGAGCACCCUCAACGAUGUGAGGUCCUGCAACAGAUGACCACAGCCAUCGACUCCUGGGAGUUGAACACACAGAGGAAUAUCAACUAUAGAUCCUUUGGACCUAUCCUCCGCUUGCUGUUGGUUGAGCAUACACCGGUCGUACAACACUGGGCUGUGUGGGCUCUCGCCAACCUAUGCACCGUCUCACCUUCCAAGUACUGUAAACUUCUGGAGAAGGAAGAAGGACUCCCGCUGCUCAAGGAGGUAUGCAAUAACCCGAGAACUAUCCCCAUCGUCAGAAGGUUAGCCCAACAAACGCUUCAACUUGUUGAGGAGAAUCGCGAGGAGCAACCUUGUAGCGUACAUGUUGUUUAAACAUGUAUCACGCUGUCUGUAACACAUAGAGUUUUAUUGAAAUUAAAAAUUAUAUUAUAUACACAGCUUAGUUGCCAUGGUGGCAGUAUUGAAUAGAAACAAAAAGCCAUAGAUAAAACAGUAGUUUGUUAUAUUUUAAGUGCUUUACUUUUAAUAUCUUGAUUCUGAUAAUAGUAAGCAUAUCAGUAGCAGUAGUGUCGACAAUAAUUAUUACCAAUGGUGCAUGGAAUAAUGAUUCAAAGACAGUAACAGAAUCAGCAGUUUGUCGACAAAGGUUAUAACAUAUCUUGAUUCAAUAAUAGUAAGCAGGCCAAUACAGAAGCAGCAGUUUGUUAAUUUAACAAAGAAUGUACCAUAUCUUGAUUCAAAAACAAAUUAAAGAGUGCUAUACGCACAUUGUUGUAAUAACGGUAAAAACAAAAUGGUAUUAUUUAUCCUUGAGGCAAAUUUGAAAUUUAUUAUUUAUGAUGUACAUUAUCUUGAUUCAACGACAGUAGUAAAGGCCAUUGCCGAGUCAAUGGCUUUGAGAGUAGCUAUGGUUGGAAUGCUGUUGCUGACGAAGCCCAGUGGAUUAUAAGUAAUUUUCCACAAAUGUGAUUUGAGACCUCGGGAAAUAGAUUUUGAGGUCUCGAAAUCAAGCACA